UGCCAGGUUGUGAGUAUUUCUACCAGGUCCUGAAUGUGCAGAGCAGCAGUUUUUCUGAUAACACUUGUUAGUCAUUUACAGUCUAGCGUUAACUUAGUACACAUUCAUAGUAACUCUAAACCAUGGCCCAUUACGAAGAAGUAAAUGUGCGCGGGUAUGCUGAAUUCUGUCAGGCUGUGUCUGAAAGAAAGGGAAAGGAUAUUUUUGCUUAUUUCUCUGGUGAUAAAGACGCCCAAGGGAAGAGCUGGUGUCCAGAUUGUGUGAAAGCUGAGCCAGUUGUAAGAGGAGAGAUGACUCAUCUUCCCGAGGGUUCUGUCUUCAUCUACUGUCAAGUUGGAGAAAGAGCUUAUUGGAAGGAUCCAAAUAAUGACUUCAAGAAGACUCUGAAGUUGAGUGGAGUUCCCACCCUACUGAGAUAUGGCACGCCUCAGAAGUUGGUGGAGGAGGAAUGCUUCAAAGCAGAACUGGUGAAGAUGAUGUUCACUGAGGACUGAUUGAUCCCAUGCCGCUCACAGCACUCAUGGAGCAUUCAAGAUUUCUUCACUGUUAAACAGUAAAUCUCAUUUACUACCAUUCAAUUUCAGCACUACGGCAUUAUUGAAUAUUGAUAACCAGAUAAUCCCUCACUGCUAAUUAUGAACUGUACAACAAAAAUAAUCAGCAUCCUUUGUAAUGCAAAGCUAUUCUACUGGAAUAGAAUGGAUGUAAUUCACACACAUUUCUCUUGUUAUGCUUUUUGUGCGGUUUUGUGCAAUUCUGUGCAGUCAUCAGUUGAUCCUGAAAUCCUGUAAUUUGAAGUGGAUACAUUUCUUCUAAUGUAAUGUUAGUCAGUAUGCUAUUCAUUUAUGAGAAUAUCUUUGAGAUUUUUUUUUUAUUGUGACCAUUUCUAUGUGAUUUCUUUUGCAGAAGGACUUGAAUAAAGUGAUGUUGAAUAUGUGGAA